GUUUGAAAUAUAUCCAUUUUCAAAAAGUAAAAUUUCUUUCAUUGAUACAUAUCUCAAAUUCUACUAAUAUACUCAUAUAUAAAUACCACCAAGACACCAUCGAAAUCAAGAACUCACACAGCAAUCAUAACUGUUAUAAACACACCAGAGAGAAUCUUACAAACACUUUAAACACAAAGAGAGAGAGAUAUGGAGACCGUAGUGGUGAUUGUGGGAGCUGGACCAGCCGGUUUAGCUACAUCGGUUUGUCUAAGCCAGCACUCGAUCCCGAACGUGAUUCUCGAGAAAGAAGACAUCUAUGCGUCUCUUUGGAAGAAACGAGCCUACGAUCGUCUCAAGCUCCACUUGGCCAAAGAGUUUUGCCAGCUACCUUUCAUGCCACACGGCCGCGACGUUCCGACCUUUAUGUCCAAAGAUCUCUUCGUCAACUACCUCGACGCUUACGUUGCUCGCUUCGACAUAAACCCUAGGUACAACCGUACCGUGAAGCUCUCAACGUUCGAUGAGUCCAAAAACAAGUGGAGGGUCGAGGCGGAAAACACGAUGACCGGAGAUACCGAGGUGUACUGGUCGGAGUUUCUGGUGGUUGCGACCGGGGAGAACGGAGAUGGGAAUAUCCCUAUGGUGGAAGGGAUUGAGACUUUCCCUGGAGAGAUUGUGCACUCGAGUGGGUACAAAUCCGGUCGUGACUUCGAAGGUAAAAAUGUUCUUGUGGUCGGAGGUGGGAACUCCGGUAUGGAGAUUAGUUUUGAUCUUUGCAACUUCGGAGCUAAGACGACCGUUCUCAUUAGAACUCCGAGACACGUGGUGAGUAAAGAAGUGAUACACUUGGGGAUGUCACUUAUGAAGUAUGCUCCGGUAAAGGUUGUGGACACAGUGGUGACGACUCUAGCGAAUCUUGUGUACGGAGACCUCUCAAAGUACGGACUCUUCCAACCAAAAGAAGGUCCUUUCGCAACCAAACUCUUUACCGGAAAAGCUCCUGUCAUUGAUGUCGGAACUGUCAAAAAGAUCCGCGAUGGCGAGAUUCAGGUUAUCAAUGGUGGGAUUGGAAGCAUCAAAGGGAAGACCUUGACGUUCGAAAAUGGACAUGAACAAGAUUUCGAUGCAAUUGUGUUUGCUACUGGUUACAAAAGUUCUGUCUGCAAUUGGUUAGAGGACUAUGGGUACGUGAUGAAGGAGGAUGGGUUCCCUAAAGCACCCAUGCCGAAGCACUGGAAAGGAGAGAAGAAUAUUUACUGUGCUGGAUUUUCAAGAAAGGGAAUCGCCGGAGCUGCCGAGGAUGCUGUGUCCGUCGCCGACGAUAUCAGCUCUGUCUUGGCUACCAAAAAAGCAUGAUGCUGUAUUCGAGAACAUAAUAAGACUUGGUAAGAAGAUGAAAAAGAAGAAAACAGAAGUAACAAGCAUAAAAUAUUGUAUUAUA